AUGGGAAGAAUGUACGACCUCGUCGUCCUUGAGCCGACUAGCAGCGAGGUUGGACUGAGGAUAGUGGAGCAUGUUUCUGAGUUCUUGAGGAAGGAUAUCAGAUGGGCUGUUGCGGGACGAGAUGUUGUUGAGAUGCGGGAGUGUGUUGAGGGGUUGAAGAGGACGAAGGAGAUGGGACGGUCGAUACCUGCGAUCGAGCUAUGUGCUACUACAAAAGAAGAUUUUCAAGCUCUUGCAAGGAGAACGAAAGUCAUUAUCAAUAUGCUGGAUAUUGGAGAAGGGAGGGGAGAGCUGGUCGUUGAGGCUUGUGCGCGUAAUGGAACGCAUUAUCUUGAUUCGGCGAGUGACAUCCAUUGGCUGGGAGGAAUGAUACGAAGAUAUCAUCAUGUUGCACGCCAGAACAAAUCGAUUAUCCUCUCACAUGUCAGCGUGGAAAGUACACCUCAAGAUCUCCUCUCGCUCUGUGCAGUCAUGGAACUGAAGAACAAGCUCAACUUACAAACAAGAGAGGUGGUCUGCACCAUCAACGACUUCCCCGAUCAACUUCCAACGUCCUCCUCCCGCCCACCAUCCCACCGCUCGCUUUCCUCCUCAUCCACAACCAUCUCACCCACACCCCUUAAAUCUCCCCGCCACCCCCCACUAAACCCCUGGUUCCUCUCACACACCCAAGGCCAAACCUGCACCGCCUCCAGUCUCAGCACCCGAGCCUCUCCCCGCCGCGAACUAACACUCGGUCUCCUCUCCCCCAGCACAACUCUCUCUUCCCAACAAACCCGCGUCCUAGUCCACCGAAGCUGGGCACUGCUUGACUCAGGCCGCUCUUAUGGAGAAGACUUCUAUUAUAAUGAGUAUAGGGAGAUGAGGCCUUGUAGGGAGGGGGUGAGGGAGAAGAUGGGGCUGGGUUGGGUGAAGAGGUUGUGUUGUCAGGAGGAGAGGAGGGGGCAGGCUGUGGAGAGUUCGAGCUCGAGUUUUAGCUCAAGCGAAGAGAAAGUCGAUAGCGGUAAGACCACGCUACGUGCGAUUGCCAUCGCGGCACAGGAAGGUCCUUUCCCAGAUCGUGCACUGGCGGAGUUCUCGUACGGAAAGUCUGCUGCGCAUCUCACGGCUGCGUUUUUGGCGGAAGGCGCGGCGACGAUUUUAUAUACGAAGGGUUUGCUUAGGAGGGUUGGUGGUGGGGGUGUGCUUACGCCUGCUGUCCUAGGGAUGGAUUAUCUGGAGAGGUUGGGGAGGGUGGGUGUUGAAAUUAGAGGGGAGUUGGUAUGA